AAAAAAGAAGGCUAGAUAAAAAUCAAUAAAGGAUUGUGUGUGUGAAAAAUCAGUGACAAAAGGUGGUAAACUAGGUUAAAACAUUUCAUUUUCUGACGUAAUAAAUAUUUCCAUAUUACACCUGGGACUGCCGUUCUUUCAACAUAACACAAUACGUUGCCAUGCCAACUUAUAAUACAUGCAAACUGUGUUUGGUUAGUUUGAGAGACAUCUGUAUGUAUGUUUGACAGCUAUGCUAUUAUAUGAUAACUGUUUUUUCUAGGGCUCCUUCAAAUAUCGAUGAUGGAUUUUCAAGCCAGAGUUGCGCGUGUGAAAGCUAUGGGCUUCUUAGGACUGCUGUAUAGUUCGAAAAAAUGGACUUUCAUGGCCGGGUAAUUCGCCUUAGAUCCUUGGGAUCUCUACAGUACUGGACGGAGGGAGUGUACAACGUCACUUUGCUGAAGUCGUUUCCUCUUGGUGUGGCCUACCUGGGCGUGGUCUUCCUCUCUCCAUUAUGGAUUCGUACCUUUCCCCCAAUAGGUGGUCUACGCAAGCUCAUGAUAGCGUAUAACCUUCUGUGCGCAAUCCUGAGUGCCUACUCUGUAUUCUACGCUGGUGUCGCACUAGUGGAGGGAUGGCCACAUUCCUUGUUCGACCUCACGCUCGACACGCGCGCGCAACACGCGCUCCACGUGUACUGGCUGACGAAGAAGAUCGAGCUUAUGGACACGGUGUUCAUGAUACUGAGGCACAAGACGAGGCAGAUGUCAUUCUUGCACGUAUACCAUCACUUCUCCAUGCUCCUUGCAAGCGAAUUCGGCUAUACCAACGGUCCCUGGCCAGCGGUCGGCUUUGUCCUUGGCAUGAACUCCGUCAUCCACGUUCUUCUUUACUACUAUUACGCACUAACAGCCCUCAGUCCUGGUCAGCGGCCUCUCUGGAAGAAAACCCUCACCGUUCUCCAAUUGGUUCAGUUUUAUAUUGGGCUUGUUCACCAGGUUGUAGGAUAUUUUUAUUACGGUUUCUGUUACUAUGCAAUCUUCUACGAAUUGACGAUGAUAGCUUUGUUUUCACACUUUUAUUACUUGGCUUACAUUAAACCAAAGAAGGGAUCGACCAAAAAGAUGGAAUAAAGGGUGUAUUUAGGAACAGAGUUAAUAAAUUGUAAUUGCUGUCUUUCA